GGUUUCAGAUCAUCAAACAAUUUUAAUAUCACACAGAGACAACCCAAGGAAAUAAAAAUGCAGUUUCUAAAUGAUGAUUCAAUUUAUUCAAGGCACAAAAAAAUCCAAACCUAUCUGGCCCUAUGUGAAAAAGUAAUUGCCCCCUGAACCUAAUAGCGAGUUGUGCCACCUUUGGCAUCAAUAACUGAAAUUAAGCGGAGGAAUUUUGGCCCACUCUUUGCAGAAUUGUUUCAACUCUGCCAUAUUGAAGGGUUUUCUAGCAUGAACUGCCCGUUUGAGGUCACACCACAGCAUCUCAAUUGGAUUUAAAUCCGGACUUUGACUUGGCCACUCCAAAACCUUAAUUUUGUUUUUUUAUUGUUAAGCCAUUCAGAGGUGAACUUGCUGGUGUGUUUCGGAUCGUUGUCCUGCUGCUUGAUCCAAGAGCGCUUGAGUUUGAAGGCACAAACUGAUGGCUGGACGUUCUCCUUCAGGAUCUUCUGGUAAACAGCAGAAUUCAUUUUUCCGUCAAUCACAGCAAGUUGUCCUGAGGCAACAAAGCAGCAUCACACUGCCACCACCAUGCUUUACUGUUGGCAUGAUGUUCUUUUUAUCAAAUGCUGUGCCAUUUUUACGCCAGAUGUAACGGGCUGCACACCUUCCAAAAGUUCUAUUUUUCACUCAUCAGUCCACAGAAUGUUUCUCCAAAAGUCUUGAGGAUCAUCAAGAUGCUUUUUGGCAAAUGUGAGACGAGCCUUUGUGUUCUUUUGUGACAGCAGUGGUUUUCGCCUGGGAACUCUUCUAUGGAUGCCAUUUUUGGCCACUGUCUUUCUUAUAGUGGAAUCGUGAACUCUGACCUUAACUGAGGCCAGCAAGGCCUGCAGUUCCUUGGAUGUUUUUCUAGGUUCUUUUGUGACCUCUGGAUGAGUGGUCGCCCACUCCUGGGAAGGUUUGCCACUGUUCCCAGUUUUCUCCAUUUGUGGAUAAUGGCUCUGGCAGUGGUUCGCUGGAGCCCCACAGCCUUGGAAAUGGCUUCGUACCUUUUUCUGGACUGAUAGAUUUCAGUCACUUUCUCGUUUCUUCUUGAAUUUCUUUGGAUUGUGGCAUGAUGUGUUUGUUCUUGGUAUGCAGUAAAUGAAAAAAACAACCUAGAAACUACUUUGACAACAUAAUUUUUUCCCUGUUUUGCCAAGUGUUGAGGACAAAAGUUGACAUUACUUCUAAAGUAAUUAUUACCUACGCCAGCAGGUUAUGUAAUCACCGGAGUUUGUUUGUCUGUUUGUUUGUUUGUUUGUUUGUUUGUCUGUUAACAGCAUAACUCAAAAAGUCAUGGACAGAUUUUCACCAAAGUUUUACAGGAUGUCCGGAAGAGCAAAAGUAACAAUCGAUUAGAUUUUGGAGGUGAUCCGGAUCACCGUCUGGAUCCAGGAUUUUUUUGAAAGUCGAAGGACAAUUGAGAGAUGGCCUGGAACUUCCACUUUCUUAUAAUACAGCUGACAGUUGACUGUGGAAUAUUUAGGAGCGAGGAAAUGUCACGACUUUAUUUGUUGCACAGGUGGCAUCCUAUCACAGUUCCACGCUGGAAUUCACUGAGCUCCUGAGAGCGAGCCAUUCUUUCACUAAUGUUUGUAAAAGCAGUCUGCAUGUCCAGGUGCUUGAUUUUAUACACCUGUGGCCAUGGAAGUGAUUGGAACACCUGAUUCUGAUUAUUUGGAUGGGUGAGCCAAUACUUUUGAAAAUGUAGUGUAUCUCUGUGUGUGUGUGUGUGUGUGUGUGUGUGUGUGUGUGUGUGUGUGUGUGUGUGUGUGUGUGUGUCACCGAAUGUUAGCCAGUAAAUUAAUGUUAGUUAACAAGCAUGAGCUAAUUUUAAAAGUAUCAUAAGGUUUUUUUAAACUAAGGUAAACAAUGUUAUCAACCACACUAAAGGUUUGUUAAUUCAAUUAUACAAUGCUAUUUAUCACCAUAAAGCUAAAGUCAGCCAGCUUUGCUAAAUAAGGACAUAGACGUAGUUAACUACCAUUAAUCUGUUAACAGAGUUUAGCUGUUAGCUCACUUGCUAACCUUCACUAUAGCCACAAUAAAUCAUCUGGUACAUGAACGUUACUUGACGCUGAUUUAUGGUUGGAGUAAUAUUAAUGUUGCAACCAGAGACUCGGUCCUCGUUGACCCAGCAGUGGUGAUUUUAUUUCUGCAAGUCUCCUUCAUGUCUUCUCUGCUGCAGAUGUUCUUGUUUACCUGAAGGCUGGACUAAACUUAAAAGCCCAGUCAGAGAUAAUGACAUCAUCAACAGAUAAUGGUGGAGGUAGAAAGUGUUUGUGAGCUGGUGUGAGUUCAGCAACAUGGAUCAGUGUGAGGACUGUCAGAGCUCUGUGUGUGGAGAUCAGAAGAACCAGAGCAAAGAUCAGAGUGAAGGACCUGGACCUGGACCAGCAUCCAGCUGUGUGUCCUUUAAGAGCACCUGGUCAAAGGAUAUUGGUGUCUAUUUUAAACAUAAACCUUCAUCAGACAAGCGGAAAAAACCUGAACCUGGAACUGGACCUGAACCCGAAUCUGAAUCUGAACCGGAACCAGAACCUGCACCCAGCUGUGUGUCUGUUCAGAGUGCCUGGUCAAAGGAUAUUCCUGAAGAAUUUAAACAAAAACAUUGGUCAGACCAAUGUAAAGAAUCUGAACCUGCAUCCAGCUGUUUGUCCUUUAAGAGCAACAUGUCAAAGGAUAUUAUCGAAGAAUUUAAACAAAAACCUUCAUCAAACAAACGUAGGAAGAAGCUGGAAAAUCAAGAUUCACCUCAACCUGAAGUGGAUUCUGUGUCCAUGAAGACGAGCCGCACUGGAAAACACGGUUAUAAUUUAAGAAAAAGGCGCCAUCCUGAGGAUCAAAGAUUAGAUGAGGAGAGCUCAGAGAUUCCCAGGAUUCAGUCUGAACAGCAGCAUGACCUGGACUCCAUAUUCAUGCUGCUGGAGAACAACAUCAGCACUUUUGUGAAGAAAGAGCUGAAGAAGAUCCAGAAGGUUCUGAGUCCAGAUUACCCAGAAUGCUCAGAGAGUCAGAGAGAGGAAGAGGAGGAGUUGGAGGAGGAAGAACAGAGGACGAGCAAAGAGAUGUUCCAGAAGAUUUCAGUGUUGUUCCUGAGGAGGAUGAAGCAGGAGAAGCUGGCUGACCGUCUGCAGAGCAAGCUUUUUGCUCCAGUUUGUCAACAUAAACUCAAAUGUGACCUGAAGAAGAAGUUCCAGAGAGUGUUUGAGGGCAUCGCUAAAGCAGGAAAGUUGACUCUUCUGAAUGAGAUCUACACAGAGCUGUACAUUACAGAGGGAGGGACUGCAGAGGUCAAUGAUGAACAUGAGGUCAGACAGAUUGAAGCAGCAUCCAGGAAAGCAGACAGAGCAGAGACACCCAUCAGAGCAGAAGACAUCUUUAGAGGCUCACCUGGAAGAGAUGGACCAAUCAGAACAGUGAUGACAAAGGGAGUGGCUGGCAUCGGGAAAACAGUCUUAACUCAGAAGUUGACUCUGGACUGGGCUGAAGACAAAAGCAACCAGGACAUCCACUUCAUAUUUCCAUUCACCUUCAGAGAGCUGAAUGUGCUGAAAGAGAGAAAGUUCAGCUUGGUGGAACUUGUUCAUCACUUCUUCAGUGAAACCAAAAAAGCAACAGGAAUGUGCAGCUUUGAAUACUUCCAGGUUGUGUUCAUCUUUGACGGUCUGGAUGAGUGUCGCCUUCCUCUGGACUUCCACAACAAUGAGAACCUGACUGAUGUUAGAGAGUCCACCUCAGUGGAUGUGCUGCUGACAAACCUGAUCAGGGGGAAGCUGCUUCCCUCUGCUCGCCUCUGGAUAACCACACGACCUGCAGCAGCCAAUCAGAUCCCUGCUGUCUAUGUGGACAUGAUGACGGAGGUCAGAGGGUUCACCGACCCACGGAAGGAGGAGUACUUCAGGAAGAGAUCCAGAGAUAAGAAGCAGGCCAGCAGCAUCAUCUCCCACGUGAAGACAUCACGAAGCCUCCACAUCAUGUGCCACAUCCCAGUGUUCUGCUGGAUCACUGCUACAGUUCUGCAGGAGCUGCUGAGAACCAGAGAGGGAGGAGAUCUGCCCAGAACCCUGACCGAGAUGUACAUCCACUUCCUGGUGCUUCAGGCCAAAGUCAAGAAGGUCAAGUAUGAUGGAGGAGCUGAGACAGAUCCACACUGGAGUCCAGACAGCAGGAGGAUGAUUGAGUCUCUGGGAAAACUGGCGUUUGAGCAGCUGCAGAGAGGAAACCUGAUCUUCUAUGAGUCCGACCUGACAGAGUGUGGCAUCGAUGUGGAAGCAGCCUCAGUGUACUCAGGAGUGUUCACACAGAUCUUUAAAGAGGAGACAGGGCUGUACCAGGACAAGGUGUUCUGCUUCGUCCAUCUGAGUGUUCAGGAGUUUCUGGCUGCUCUUUACGUCCAUCUGAGCUUCAUCAACUCUGGAAUCAACUUGCUGGAAGAACAACAACAAACAACCUCCAACAAACCUGAUCCAACACGUUUCUACCAGAGAGCUGUGGACGAGGCCUUACGGAGUCCAAACGGACACCUGGACUUGUUCCUGCGCUUCCUCCUGGGUCUGUCACUGCCGACCAAUCAGGAUCUCCUACGAGGCCUGAUGACACAGACAGGAAGCAGCUCACAGACCAAUCAGGAAACAGUGGAGUACAUCAAGGAGAAGAUCAGUGAGGAUGUGUCUGUAGAGAGAAGCAUCAAUCUGUUCCACUGUCUGAAUGAACUGAAGGAUGUUUCUCUAGUGGAGGAGAUCCAACAGUCCCUGACAUCAGGACGUCUGUCCACAGAUAAACUGUCUCCUGCUCAGUGGUCGGCUCUGGUCUUCAUCUUACUGUCAUCAGAAGAACAUCUGAGCAUGUUUGACCUGAAGAAAUACUCUGAUUCAGAGGAGGCUCUUCUGAAGCUGCUGCCAGUGGUCAAAGCUUCAAAGAAAGCUCUACUGAGCAGCUGUAACCUCUCAAAGAGAAGCUGUGAAGUUCUGUCCUCAGUUCUCAGCUCAGAGUCCUCCAGUCUGAUAGAACUGGAUCUGAGCAACAACAGCCUGAAGGAUUCAGGAGUGAAGCUGCUUUCUGUUGGACUGAAGAGUCCUCAAUGUCAACUGGAAACUCUCAGGCUGUCAGGUUGUUUGAUCACAGAGGAAGGCUGUGCUUCUCUGGCCUCAACUCUGAGCUCCAGAUCCUCCACUGUGAGAGAGCUGGACCUGAGCUACAACCAUCCAGGAAAGAAAGGAAAGAAGAUGCUGUCUGCUGCUCUGGAGGAUCCACACUGCAGACUGGAGACUCUCAGGAUGGAACCUGCUGGAGUCCAAUGGAUGACACCAGGUCUGAGGAAGUAUUCCUGUAAACUGACAGUCGACACAAACACAGUGAACAGAAACCUUCAACUCUCUGAAAACAACAAGAAGGUGAUCCGUCGGGAUUGGCCUCAGUCAUAUCCUGAUCAUCCAGACAGGUUUGAUGACUGGGCUCAGCUGCUGUGUACAACUGGUCUGACUGGUCGCUGUUACUGGGAGGUCGAAUGGAGUGGAGGGGUUGAUGUAGCAGUGAGUUACAGAGGAAUCGGAAGGAGAGGAGGUGGUGAAGACUGUAGGUUUGGAAGAAAUGAUCAGUCCUGGUGUCUGUACUGUACUGAUCUUGGUGAUUUCUCUGUCUGGCACAACAACAGAAAAAUAUCACACACCUCCCAAACCUCCUACUCCCAUCGAGAUAAAUUAUUUCUUUCUGAAGUCUCUGACAGAGUAGCUGUCUAUGUCGACUGUCCUUCUGGAACUCUGUCCUUCUACAGAGUCUCCUCUGACUCUCUGAUCCACCUCCACACCUUCAACACCACAUUCACUGAACCUCUGUAUCCUGGGUUUAGGCUUGGGUUUGGUUCCUGGGUGUCUCUGUGUGAGUCUCCUCCUGUUAAAGAAACUGUCCCUGAACAGACAGUUCAGUCUCUGCUGUUUGCAGAUUCACAAUCUAAAACGCAGUCCCUCCAGGAAUUCGAGAUGUUGCGAUUGCGCAAAUUCAGGCGAAAUCAACAAAUCUCUGCAAAUUUUUCACGGCCUUGCAAUUUUGUCCAAUCACCGCAACUUUCCCGCAAUUUUGGCCCGCCUCCCAUGAGUUCCACCAAUCAUAGCAGUUCCCAGCGUACAGUUAAUGCGCGUACGUCACCGAAUUCACUUCCUGUUUAUGGUUUAAAGAUGCAGACCAUGUGCGAUACUAAUGUCUCUCAUUUACCAACAAAAAUUACUGCUGACGACCGUGAUAAACAAUUAAUUCACUGAUGUUCUUCACCAAAGUGGAGCUAAACUGUUUUACACCCAUAUAAUAUUGUGGUGGAAUACAAAAAAAGAAAAAAACCUUCGAUUGGUAGGCACUUUUGUUUUUUUACACGAAGCGUAUUAGAACGCUGAAAUGAGCAACAACAGACCAGACAAAUCACCGUGAUGGAAACUGUUGCAUCCAGAUCCGUUAGAGCACUGAAAGAAUGAAGGUAAAUUAGAUUAAUUAUUCCACCAAAGAACACGGCAGAGUUAUGUGACGAUCAGCGUGUGUGAAUCCUUCCUCUGUUACCAACAUCACUCAAAAACUGACUCAGGGAUUUAAAUGAAGUUUUCAGGGUCGGUCAGAAAUGACACAAGGACCAAAUGAUUAGACUUCAGCAGUGAUACGGCUUAAAGUUUGGAUCCACAGAUUUGUUAAGGAGUCAUAGCGGCACCGCGUCUGAUAGUGGCACGGUAACCAUGGCAACAAGUGAACGCUACCUCAGCGGCCCGCUGACGAUCACAUGAUUGUGAUCCUACAACAGCUCUAACCCUGUGGACGUAUCGGAAAUGACACAAGGAACAACUGAUUAAAUUGUGGGGGUGUUUCUGAGUCCCAUCAAUUCCUGUCGCCUGCUGCAUAUUUAGGUCACAUCAUAUUAAACUAGUAUCUGGCUGCUGCUAAUGUCCCACCAUGGUGUGCCAGCUUUUGUGGAAAUGGGUUGGAACGUUAAAUAAUUAAUUUUGGAAUAAAUAUUGUCAAUUACAGUGUUGAAACGUGUUCUACAAGCUGGAAAAAAUGCAGCUUUUUAGCAGUUGUCACUGUCUCCCACAAUUUCAUCACAACAAAUAAGCUUAAAACAUCGCAACUUUUAUCGCAAUUUUUUAGAAAAGCUGCUGCGAAUUCAGGCAUUUUUCGGCCACAACAAUCACGAAAAACGCCCGCGAAAUCCUGGAGGGACUGAAAGAAGGAAAGACGACUUUAUGAACCGUGAACAUGAGUUUGGUGUCAAUCCAGACUUCAUCCUGAUUCUAUUUUCACUUUGUGACAUCAUCACCAAAUGAGACUGUAACCUGUGUGUGAUGUCAAAAUGUGAGUGAAAUAAUCCUUUACAACAACAUUUAGACGUCAGCAGUCCACAUCAAUGUCCACAGUCUGUUUGAUCAAAUCAAAUCAAACUUUAUCUGUAGAGUGCUUUUCAUACAGAGAAUGUAACACAAAGUGCUGUACAUUUUAAAACAUCAAAAACAAGACGAUCCAUCCCAACCUCCCUCCACAUAUGCACACAACACACACACACACACUCUCCCCAGUGACUGUAGUGAGACAUGGCAUGGCACUGACGAUUGUGAUGUUUGUGUGUAACUGCAGCUAAAAGGAGUUUGGGUGAAAAUACAAAUUUCAGAGCCAGAAACAGAGAAGCUCACAGUUGACUAAUUUAAAACUCUGUUGAUCCAGAACUAAAGCAAAGCUAAGUUCUGCAACUUGUUUUUAUUGUAAAAUAUCAAAGAAAUAAACACCAAAUCAUAACAGUCCAUAAACUGUUGUUUUACACAUCCAUUUAUUCUAGUUCUCAUGUUUUUUUUUUUGUUUAUUCAUGUAUUUAUCUUGUGUACUUUAUUGUGCAUUUUCAUCGGUUCAUUCAUUUCAACAAACUUAUUCAGUUUUGUUACCUGUAUAAAAUGUAACACUUUUCAUAACUACAAUGAUUUCUAUUGUAUCUUGAAAUACUUGACCAGAAGUGCUGCUGAUCAGGAAGUUCUGUUGUUUUACAAACAUGUCACACUUUAGCUGUGUCUUUUUUCUCUUCAUGCAGCAGAGGAGGAAUCUCCAGGUGAGCGGCUGGUUUUCCGUUUAAACUUUACAAACACAACAAUGAAAAACAGAGUCAGGACAAGUAGAGAAGUUAAUCUGACUCAAAUUUCAGCUUCGUUCAUAUCAACACUCUUUUAAAGUCUUCCACUUAUCUUGUUACCAGCACAUUUUUGUAUAGCACCUGUUAUUGUUGCUUAUGGUUCACUGUAUCCAGCAAUACUUAUUUGGUCAUUAAUUCACUGUUUUUCUAAAUUGCUGAUUGCUUUUGGUGAAACCGGAAGUAACAUGACCCCAGCCCAGGCAUACGUGGGAAUUAAAAGCUCGGCCUACAGUCAUUCAUUCAUUGAAUGGUGUGUUGGAGCAGCAGUAGCCAGGCUGUGGCCCGCAUACAUAUUUCAUCUUGGCGCUCGUAAGUGUCAACUUUUGUUUUGUUUCAUUCCACUCAUGAGAUAACUCUCACAUUUUCACAAAUGAUUAACCAUCUAUUUUGCACAAAGCAAGUGUACAAAUGUAUGCCGAUGAUUCAACACUGUAUUAUGGAGCAAAUACUAGCAGAGAGCUAGACAGUGUUAUGACUUCUGAGUUGGAUUUGGUCUUUGAUUGGAUACAACGAAACAAGAUGGUAUUGAAGAUCUCAAAGACCAAAUCUAUUAUUCUGGGAUCAAGUCACAAACUGUCAUCCAGACCGAUAUUGAGACUGAACUUGUCUGACGAAUUUAUAGAGCAGGUUGAUAAGGUUAAAUCAUUAGGCGUUAUAAUAGAUCGUCAAUUGUCAUGGUCAGAACACAUUGACACUAUAAUCAAGAAAAUGGGUAAUGGCAUCUCUAUGUUUAGAAAAUUCCUUCCUUAUGUUACUGAACACAUUUUGGGUCAGGUAGUUAAGUCUUUAGUUUUAAGUCAUUUGGAUUAUUGCUCACCCAUUUGGUCCUCAGCAUCAAAGAGCCUUCUAAACAAACUACAAAUUGCCCAGAAUAGAGCCGGCAGACUUGUUUUACAUUGCUCCAUCAGAGUAAAUACAGAAGGUAUGCAUCGUAAACUCUCAUGGUUUGCAAUACUGUUUAUUCCACCAAACCAGAGUUUUUACAUAAUCAAAUUAUCAGAUGUAGUCAGAUUCAUAGUCAUUCCACUAGAUUAGCAGAUGACGGUCAAAUUACAUUACCAUGUCCAAAAUCCAAUGCUUUUAAAAAGGCAGUUAUUUAUCAUGCCAUCAAACUUUGGAAUAGCUGUCCCCUCCACAUACAACAAUCUAACAGUAAGGCCUCAUUCAAAUGCCAUCUUAGAAUGCACUACUUGGCGUCUGAGCAGUAAUCCAGUCUGACAAGUAUAAUGUCCUUUUUCUGUGUUGUUUCUUGUCCUGUUUGUUCCUGUUGUCUGAAUGACUGGUCUAACAACCUGUCACUGUAAACAUGAUGUUUUUAGGACCCCAGGAAGACUAGCUGGGCCAUUGGCAUCAGCUAAUGGGGAUCCUUUUUAAAUAAAUAAAUAAAUAACUGAAUCCUAAACACAAUUUAAAACUUCACUGUAUUGUGUGUUUGCAGGAGACCAUUUUGACCUUUGUAAUCUUUUUGAUGUUUGAUCCAUAGAGACAAUAAACCUUUGAAAGACACUUUA